GCUCACAAGCCCGGAGUCCGCCAUUCCUCCCCCGGACGUCGCGGGGAGCGGACGUGCGUCGUGUACAGAGUCGGCUUCCGGCUUAUACAUCGCUUACAUAUUUUACACUUACGUUCGAAGUUUUCGAGUGCUAUUGUAGUUUGUGUCUUCGUGGAUAUUUAUAAUAUCACACUAACAACUCUACAUACACUAGUAUCUAGUAUCAAGAUUACUUUUUCCACAUCCACGUUACAUACAAAUCAGAGAAUGCUUCGGUAUUGGAUCUGUUUGGCGAGCGCGGUGUACCUAGCGGGGCAGUGCUGCGCGAACUCCUGCCGGGAUGCCAACCUCUGCUGCCCGGGCAGGGACAGCUCCUGCGUCGUGCAGAAGGCGCACCAGAACGCCAUCAUCGAUGACGUCAGCGACAAGCCCUGCUACUGCGACCAUGCCUGCUUGAAGCUCGGAGAUUGCUGUCCUGACUUCAGGGAGACUUGUGGAGUGACGGACUGCGUAAUAUCGGAGUGGGGCCCGUGGUCAGAGUGCGACACGGGAUGUGGGUCGGGCAGCAUGCAGCGAUCACGUCGCGUGCUGCAGGCGGCGGCGCGCGGAGGUCGGCGCUGCCCCGAUCUGCUGCAGCGUCGCGCCUGCCAAGCACAUCACGCCUGCGCACCAGACAGCGAUAUACCACUUAGAGAGGAGUCUGCGAUGAUCCUGCCGGGCUCGUUGUCUGUCAGCCGACACUCCAACGACACCGUCGACAUCCGCAAGAAUCUUCGCCUACGCAACCCCGACGACCCUGAGUCCAACUCGCAUAGGGAAUACUGCGUGCAAUUCGAAGUACUAAAAGUCUCUAAGGCAUGCCACCUCGAUUCAGAAUACAAAGCGCUGCGCGAAGGUGCCACAGUCUGCGUGAUGUGUGAGACGGCGGCGCUAAGACGGGACUUGAAGUGGCGUUGCGCGGGGCACGGCGUAGCGGGACACGCUACGAGGUUCUACGCGCUCGUAGCUCCCCACUGCCACGGCAAGUGGCUGCGGACCAAACAGGACCUGGACAAGAGGGGUGACUGCUGUUCUAGUCCUGACUUCAUAUUUGUUUAAAGUAAUAAUAAUAUUUAAAGCAACAUCUCGUUGAUCGUUGAAGUUUGGAAUUCAAAAGGAUUCUAUAUCAAAUUAAAAAGUUAAGGAACGAAAAUGAAAUGCACAGUAAAUAUAAUAGUGA